AUGCCGCCAAAGUCAGUUGCUGAGUUGUUAUUAGCAGGAGCGGGAGGUCAGGACGAUCCCAUUUUUGAUCCUAUAGAUCACGAGAUGAAUCUUACAUCCAAACGAGCUUGGAACAUGAUGCAGGAAGAAGCUGAAAGUUUCCACCGGUAUUUCCAGAACAAGAAACUGAAGGAUCCGUCUUUUGUUUAUGCUGUACAGCUUGAUGUUGAAGAGGAAAUGACCAAUUUCUUCUGGGCUGAUGAGAAGAUGUUGGUGGACUAUGGGGAUUUUGGUGAUGUGGUUUGCUUUGAUACAACAUACCGUCUCAACAAAGAUUGGCGGCCUUUAGUCCUGUUUUUUGGAAUAAAUAAUCAUAAGCAGAUACUGGUCUUCGGUGCUGGAUUUCUUUACGAUAACACAGCCCAGUCUCUUAAAUGGAUACUGAGAACCUUCAUAAAAGCAAUGUCUGGAAAAACCCCAAAGACUAUCCUCUCUGAUAAAAAUGCUAUUUUAUCAGAAGUAAUAAGCUCUGAAUUGCCUGAAACUCAACACAGGUUAUGCACAUGGCAAAUAUAUCAAAAUGCGCUCAAACAUCUCAAUGAAGUAGUCGUCAGCUCAGAUUCUUUUUCCAGUGAUUUAUGUGGCUGCUUUCUCCACCUGGAUGAGGAAGACUUUGUUAAUUCCUGGAAAGUCAUGCUGGAUACUUACAGUCUGUGGGAAAAUGAGUGGUUGCGCGGCGUAUUUGAAGAGAGAGAGAAGUGGGCUUUGCCAUACAGCAAGCAUAUCUUUUCAGCUGACAUAGAAACUGCUUUCCUCUCUGAGUGCUCUAUCACUAGCCUGAAAAAGUACGUGAAGCAUGAAUCACAUAUUCUCCAGUUUGUCAAGCAUUUUGGAAGGGUGGUUAACGACUGGCGCUACAAAGAGUUGGAAGCUAACUAUGACAUGGGUCAGCAUGUGCCAAGAUUGAUGGGUGAUGUCAUAAUGCUGAAGCAGGUAAGGGAAAUAUACACGCCCAUCAUCUUUAAAACGUUUCACCAAGAAUACGAAAUCUCUCUGAACAUUGUGAUCAACCAAUGCAUUGAUGCAGUGUCCUCAGUCGAGUAUAAAGUCAGUACAUAUGGUGAGGUUCGUCAUUACACUGUUUUAUACAGCUUAGAAGAUGAUUUAGUUGCUUGCAGUUGUAUGAAGUUUGAGUCUGGAGGAAUUCUGUGUAGCCAUGCACUGAAAGUGCUGGACUAUAGGAAUAUAAAGAUAGUCCCUAGCCGAUAUAUAUUGAAGCGUUGGACCAGAGAUGCGAGGGCGUAA